AUGAGCCUGUGGAAGAGAGCGGCGGGUCUUCUCAAAGACCGCAACAGCAUUUGGGCGGCGAGUUUUUGUAGAAAAUCAUCGUAUCGUAAUCCCGACCUCGAAGCGGCAAUUAUCAAAGCAACAAGCCACGAUGAAUUGCACGUUGAUUAUCGAAAUGCGCAGAGAGUUUUAGUGCGGUUACGAAAUUCGCCUCUCAGUGUAAAGCCUCUAGUAUGGGCUCUCUCUAAACGUAUGGAAAAAACCAAGAGUUGGGUUGUGGCCCUCAAGGGUUUGAUUCUCAUGCAUGGCGUUUUUUGUUGUAAGAUCCCGGCUGUACAAAGGAUUGGACGUUUGCCCUUCGAUCUUUCGAGUUUCAGUGAUGGACAUUCAAGAACGAGCAAUUCGUGGGGUUUUAAUAAUUUUAUUCGGGCUUAUUAUGCAUUUUUGGAUCAAAGAUCGGCGUUUUUUUAUGAACAAAGUAAACCAAGCGAGGAACCAAUGAUGCAAGAGUUGAAUAAGCUGCAAAGUUUGCAGGAUUUGCUAGAUUUAUUGCUACAAAUCAAGCCGCUGGGGAAGAAUAUGCGUGUGACUUUGAUUCUCGAGGCCAUGGACUGUGUGGUGAUCGAAAUAUAUGAUGUUUAUAGCAGAAUUUGCAACGGGAUUGCACGGGUUCUAAUGAGGAUAUAUUCAGCCGGGCAAGGCGAAGUGGCCCUGGCGCUUAAAGUUCUUUUGAAAGCAACCGAACAAGGCGACGAAUUGUCUCUAUAUUUUGAGUUUUGCAGAGAUUUUGGUAUUUUAAACACACUGGAGCUCCCGAAAGUCACACAGGUUCCAGAGGAAGAUAUUCGAGUUCUUGAAAGACUUAUCAAUGGCGUUCCAGAGAAUAAUGAUAAAGGAGAUUUAAAGAAGAAAGAGGACUCAGAAAUGGCGGAUUUAGAUGAUGAUGAUGUUGAAGAGAAAGCCAUGGUGAUGAAAGAAAAUGAAAGUUGUGUUGAUAAUCAAGAACAAAAGUUGAGGACAAUAAUAACCGAUGAAUGGGAAGUUUUUGACGAAGAUUUGAAGGUAAAUGAAGAAGAAAAUGUUGCAGAAAGAUCGUCAAAUCCAUUCAUAGAUUCACCAAAUGUUCUUCCUUUUGUGCCUGAACAUAAACAUGAUCUUCCAGAUUUAAUUGGAUUCUAUUAA